CGGUCGAGAGAGCGCGAGCGAGCUUAUCCAUUCGUGCAUUAUAAAAGGGCAACGCAAGCACGCCGAGCAGCGCACAAUAUCAUAGGAGGAAGGUGAAAGCAACUGGUCACCAACGAUGGCUGCCUCCAGAAGGACUUCUCGCUCAAGACCCACUUACAUCUGCCCGCCCUCCGAUCGCACCGCUGCCUACUCAAGCGCUUGUGACGACGACGAUACGCAAUUCGAGUUCGAGGAGGCCGAUGUCUGGAGCGAUGUCGUCGUCUCUCGAGUCCCCUCGUCUGAAACGAGCCACGACAGCAGAGCGACCAUGCCCGGUUCCCGCGCAUCGAGAAGACCACCCAGAAGGACCGACAUUCCGUCCGACCUGAAGCCCCCUCUGGUAGUGGCAUCAUCAUUACCUGUCAACAUACCGGAUUGGUCGAAGAUUAACAUGAUACGGGACCGCGGCAACGGUGGAGGGAGAGUUGAGAGCGACGACGAAGAGGGCGAGGACGACCGAGACAGUAGGGUUCCGCCUCACGAGUACCUGGCGAGGAGGAGAGGGGCGUCGCUGUCGGUGCAUGAAGGGAUUGGGAGGACGCUGAAAGGCAGGGAUCUGAGCAGGGUGAGAGAUGCCAUUUGGAAGACCGUAGGGCUUGCAGACUAAGCUCAUUAAUCGACUUCGUCUUUUACAUCCACCCACAGUAUUUUUGUAUGGCAAUAUGAGUCGCUCUUUUGGUGCUGUGCUGUCAGCCAGAGGCGAACUCUUUCAGAUGUAAUACUGAAGUUAUGACCACUCAUAUCUUUUUCCAUGCCCCUUGU